AGCAGUCAAGAGGAUAAGCUGGUCAGCUGUACUGAUCCCCAGCCUUGAUACUUUCUCUUGCAUCCUGAAAGACUGGGGCCAAGACUUUCCAGAAGCACUACAAGCCAAAUGCAUCUCACAUAUUCAGCAUUGCUAAGCUUAAUCAGCUGUGGAGAAGUUAAAGCAUAACCUCACUUCAGGCAGUAGGAAGAGUGGUGUUCAGUCAAGAGGUGCAAGUGGGUCAGUAAGUCAGGAGGAUGCUCCUGGGAGCAGUAACUUGCAAUUUGAACAAUGCAAUGUUCAACAACUUACACAGAGGGACCAUCGAUGAUCAGAAAUAACAUUAAAUGGGAGGAGAGGACCACAGAGACCGGUGAUUGGAAUAGUAGACAAGCAGGAAACUGAGGCUUUUGCACUUAAUGAAGCAGUUCUCUAAAGUCACGCUAAAAUGAUGAGCAUGACUGUGUUGCACAUCUGCCUGUCUGCACAGGGCAGACAGUUUUGACUUCCUUUUCUAAGACACUGCCGGGAGAAGGCCAAGAGAGCUACAUAUUUACCAAAACUUCAUCAAGCAAAGAUGGAAAAAAGGUGGUUCUUCUCCCUCUUCUGUUUGCUCUCACUGCCCAGCACCGCAGGCCAGACUGAAGACAUCAUUACAGAAACAGAAGUGGUCCACGCUUUGCCAGGUACUGAUGUGACCCUGGUGUGCAGCUUCCCAAAACCACACACCACCUACAUAAUACAGACACAGUGGUCCAAGACUGAUGACAACCACCUUAACACAAUAGCUGUUUAUCAUCCCGGUUAUGGUAUCCACUACUCCACAUUUCCUGAGGCUUCUUACAACUUUUCAGUGUCCUUCAGCAUGAGGAAGUGCUGUGGCUGGGAUGCUACAGAGGCUUUGUGUUCCCCUGAUCAAAACAUCACAUCUGAGUGCAAUCAGUGGGCUCUGCAUCUGAAAAAUAUUACUGUUUCCCUUAGCGGGCAGUACGAAUGCAGUUUUGUUACUUACCCGUAUGGAACAAAGGCUGCAAAAAUCCAACUUAUCAUCAAAGAAGAAGAGGAGCAGUACUACGUGAAGGAAGUGCGACUAAACCAGACGUUAGAAAUCUCAUGCUUUGAGGACACUGCCUCAGAAAAUGUGUCCAAUUAUCCUUUGAGAUGGCUAGUGGGUGGAAAUGGCAGGAAAGAGGAACUUGUGACCAAGGAACCUUCCUGUCCGGCAGUGUACAGGAACAGCAGCAUGCUGUAUGGGCAAAAAGUCCACCUGGGUUUGAAUCAUACCCUACAGAUUUUCCCCACCAAAAUCACGGAUGAUGGUAGAGUGUUUUCCUGCCAUGUGUUGUACCACCCAGAGAGAAUCCAGAAGAGCAGCACCACUGUGAGAGUAUUCGCCUACCCUGAGAUCUCUGUUAGCCUGCAGGAAGGUUCAGCUGGCACCUCACAGAAGCCGAAUGUGAGCUGCAUCGUGAGAAAGGCAUUUCCCAAGCCAAGCCUUGUGUGGUAUGUGGACAGAGUGAGCCUGACAGAGCAGCCCGGAGAAAUUUCUGUUGAACAAGAAGACAUGCAAGACAGUGAAGGCUUCUAUCAGCUGAGAUCAACUCUGAUGUUGCAAGGGACCCAUCAGACACAUAAGACAUUCUUGUGUGCGUGUCUCUUUUCCUUCCUUGGGAAUGAAACACGGAAUAUUUCAUCAGAAGAAAUAUUUGUUUUCUUCGACAAUAGGUCUAACAAAGCCUCAUCUGAAGCUUUUACCACCAUGCCUUCUGAAGACCUUGGAAAUUCAGCUCUUCCAUCAGCUGUCAUGACUACCUCAGAGCAUCGGUUGACAUCUUUGGAGUCUCUGGACUUCACAAGUCAAGCAAGCUUGGCCUCUGCUUCCACGACACAAGAAGCGCUGAUUUCUACUGCAGAGACAAAAAGCUAUACCAUCACCACAACAUUCAAUGAGAGUUUGACAACAGAAGGUAACCUGUCCUUCAGCAUCACAGAUCAGCCAAUUUCAGUUCCCAGAGGGAAAGAUUUCUUUACUACAAGCAAUCUGAUCAAUAGCACUGGCAGCACAAGGAACACAACAGCCAGUCGCUUCCCCUGGCCAACAGUGGUGGCCAUCCUGCUCCUCUUCUGCAGUCUUCUAAUAGCUGUAGGCAUCAGGAAAUGGUGUCAGUACCAGAAGGAGAUUAUGAACAGACCUCCAUCAUUCAAGCCACCGCCACCUCCAAUAAAGUACACUUCCAUGGUAGAGUCUGAUGGGACUCCCCCAUCCUGCCACGAACUGGAAAACCUGUAACAUUGCCCACACCACUCACGUAGUGCACAGAAUUCUGACACAGUUAAAAGACUCUGCUUUAAAAUAGUGGUUACAGGAGUUUGGUGUUAAUGGCCCAUAUUAAAAUUCUGAGUGUCUAAAUGACAUUAAUGUUGGAAGCUGAGCACUCCUGAGGACACUUACUUCAUCCUGUCUAUCCCAUCUAUCUCUAUGUAUGCAUUACGUUAACACUGUUGUGAGUGUCACUGUGAGAUUACAUGUGCCUAAUUUGAAUUGGGUGAUCAACUGGGAAUUUACUGUCUUAUUAAUGGGAGCAGAUUAACACAUCACUCCAUCAGCCUGCCUGAAGAGUGUUGAAGCUUUUUGUUUUACUAAGUGUGUAGAGAUGACAGCUCUGCCAUAUGGACACCAUGAUUACACAGGAAAUGCUGGCUUAACACAAGCUUUUUGACACCUACAUGAGCUGUGCUUACAAUUAUUUUUUACUAUACAAAUAUUGACUAAUAUGACCCAAUGUAUAAUUUCCUAUCACUGUGAAACCAAACAAAAUAUAAUCAGCACCUUAUGGUGUUGAUAUGGAAAGAAAAUAGUCUGCAGCUGUUGUCACACGGCUGCAGCACCGGAUCACAGUGAGGGGCUGAGGAGGUAAAAGGUCACAGUGCAGACCUGGCGGAAGUGUUCAUGAAGAAGACUUAGUUGCCAUUGGUGAAGUCACAAGGAAGAGUCAACUUUGGGUUCAUGAGCAAGCCACCUGUAGACCAGAAACUUAAGGACUGAAGUGAAUAAGAACCCUAAAGGUAUCAGAAAAUGCCAAUCCUUUUGGAAGUGUUGUGCCUUUGAAACAAUAGUUACUCUUGAGUCUGCUUUUUUGAAAUUAAAUUUAUGGUACACGUAAAGAAAAACAGUAAUAUAAUUUUAUCCUUAUUCGGUCAUAAUGAGCUUCUGUCAUUUAAUGUCUCUGCAUUUUUCAAGAAGUCAGGGGUAGUUUCCCAGACAGUUUAACCCUGUAGAAGGGACGGUCCAGUCUUACCCUUAUCCUGCCUGGGCUGCGUAUCUCCUUGCAUUUUCACUGCUGAUUAAAAGCCCGUGCUGGGGGAGGUAUCAGCUCAGCCUGCUGCACAGCUCUCAGCCAGGUCAGCAGCUGCAUGACCACUAACGCAAGGCACAAGAUCUGCAGCAGGACCGCUGUUUUGCAGCAGUGUGGUUUUACACUACCUUCAACUGGCAAAAAAACCUGCUCCUCUAAGCUAUUUUGAAGAUGUAUGGUUACCACAAUGGUAUUUCUGUAAUUAAUGCAAAUCAACUAAAAUUCAGCCAUGUCAAGCUUAAAAUUGGGAUUCUGAUUUAUUUACUGCUAAACACUGGUCGAUGAGCAUCAGGGUUCAGAGCACUGUGUUCCCCAGGACUUUAGGUGAAUGAAUGGCUUACUGGAAAAAAAUUACAUGACAGACAUUUUUAAAGUAUUCUGUUAUAUUAUUUUCCUUAUAGUACAAGCAGCUCUAAAUCCAUCACUGAGGGAAUCUCUGUGCUGAACUGAAAAAACGUUCCUUCCUACAAAGCUAUACAGAUUUUGCCUGCAUGGAAGUCUCAAUAUUAAUUUGAGAGUUUCUUGUUCAUAUGGGUUGGUAUAAUAGAAGCAGAUUAGUGUAACUUCUGUCAUACAGUCAGUCACUGCAAAAGAAGUCAGCUUUUUGUUCUUCAAAAAAGGAAUCAGAAAAAGGAAAAAAAAAAAAAGGUGGAUAUAUUCCAAGGGAUGUGGACUUUCAACUUUGUCAGGAGAUGAGGAUGUCUGUGUGUAGCAUACCUGUCAAAGAGGGGUUGUUUUACCAUCUCGGAUACUUUAAUCCCCACCUGAAGAUGUUCCCUCCAACACUGAGGUUGUGCUGGGUGCCUUUAGAACCGUUUAGGUGCUUCCAGCGCUAACUGACCCGGGUUGCAAGGAGAGCUACCAGAAGCUUUGUCUAGGUCCCUGGCCCAUCCAGCCCCUGCGAAGGAGAAGGAGGAUGCCUCCACAAACCUGCAUCAGCAACGCAAAGAUCCCCAGGCGCCUCCAGCCUGGCUGAGGAGCACUCCGGAUGGGGACACAGCGGAGCCACCGGCCAGCAGGUGGCACCGCAGCACCGCAGCCAGCAGGGCGACUCGCAGAUUCCAGGGCUUGGCUUAAAGAAACGAACAAACAAAGGCAAGAGAGAGAAGCAGAAAGCACAGGAUUUUUGGACCAUAAGAAUGUUCCGCUAGCGGUUACUGCCAGCAAGUAUCUGUGCAUUGCACCUGAUGCUCACAGCUGAAGUCUCACCCUGCAGUGCUGAAUGGAUGCAUCUCCUCUUUCCCGCAUCAUUCUGGUUUUGAGCUGCUGGCAUCCCACAGUCUAAAUGACCUUUGCAGCUCAGAGGUCCAGAAACUAUCUUAACCACAAGAGACAAGGUGUACUCAUGGGGCAUGUCAUAGCCUGGUGAUGCUGAAACUAGCUGUGAACAACUGAGAAAGUCACUGUGGUAGCACUGAAGUACCCCAAUGUUGUCGCAUGCUCCAGUACUAUUAAAAGUUGAUGACAAAGGUUCAGAGACUUUUGAGAGGCUGUGAAGGGAACAAAUUUGACUCUCCUCACUCCAGCUUUUGCUCCUCUCUAUUCUAGCUGGUCUGAUGGCAGAGGACUGCUCAGCCAGAGGCAACUAGACUCCUUUUCCUUUACCAAAGCACACCCUUCUUUGUCCUCUCCAGACUCUGCUGUCUGUUAUGCACACUCUGUCUUCUUUAUGGCAUUUGAAACAUGGGAAAUACAGGAUGGGGCCCAGCAAGGAUACCAAGAAUACCGUGUCAACAGUCAGCCUUAAUAUUGUUUUUGCUCUCAGCUACAACUUCAGUGUUUACAGUUACAUUGACCUCAUUGAAGUGCUGCCACAAAGACACAAAGAUGUCCUCGAGAACAUAGCAACCUCAGUGAAAUGGCUAGCCCUGUACUGCAAAGCUUUUCCCAUCCUGGAAAGCUAUGCUGGGAAACAGUCAUGGUUGCCAACUGCGUUUAAGGAGUUUGCACACCCUGGCUUGCUGGGCAGUCCCAAGCUGUGUAGGAACAUGAGAAAGGGAGUGAAGUAACAUAAAGUAGUCAUUUAAAGGAGAUAAACUUGAAGGGAUAUAGACUGGAGCUCCCACAUAACAAUCUGUCUUUCAGUUGAAGAUACAAAUUUAAUUGCAAGAGAAAAUGUUUAUGAUCCCAUACAUAUGACUUUGAAAGGCAUGGCCUAUUCUCUCCCACAUCAGAGGCAACUGCACUAAGCAGUCUUAAAAGGAAGGGGGAACAGAGCUGCAGGACAGUAGAAUGCAUGUCAAACCUGUCGUCCGUGUUCGUCCUUGAGCGUGAGGAGUCCUAGAUCAAGAGUGCUUUGAGUGCUUUUUUUCUAUCCUAGAAAUUGCACUGGUUUGAACUUGUUGAAUAUCAAGGUUCCAAAAGCAAAAUAUCUUUGUUUGCUUCCUUGAAAAGGAAAAUGCAGUUUUUUGGAAGGAGAUAGAUUCUGGUUGUAUUAGGUGGAAAUGCAUAGUUAACACAUAUGUAU